ACCUCAAAAAACUAAAAACAUUUGUUAUAUAUAUAUAUCAAUCAUGGCAAUCAACUUUAUAUUUUUAGCCACGGUUGCAGUCUUGCUGGGCAUUCUACACCUCACAUCCGCCGGCGACCCUGAUAUCCUGACGGACUUCGUGCUGCCGCCCGGCGUCCCGUCAGCCGAUCCAAAUUUCUUUACAUACACCGGCUUUCGAUCCCUGGUAUCAGCGCCGCCACCCGCCGCCUUCAAGGUGACAAAAGCCAGCAUGGCGGAGUUCGCCGCCCUGAACGGGCAGAGCGUCUCUUAUGCCGUCCUGCAGUACCCCGGCGGCGGGAGCGUGAACCCACUGCACACUCACCCGCGCGCGUCGGAGCUGCUCUUCCUCACCAUCGGCACGCUGGAAGUGGGAUUCAUUGAUACGACUAACAAGCUGUUCACCCAGACGCUGCAGACGGGGGACUUGUUCAUUUUCCCCAAGGGGCUUGUUCAUUUCCAGUACAACGCCGACGCUGAGAAAGUCGCCGUCGCUGUCUCCGCCUUCGGCAGUGCAAACGCCGGCACGGUUUCGAUUCCGAACACGGUGUUUAAUAGCAGCAUUGAUGACGCCAUCUUGGCCAAGUCUUUCAAGACUGACGUUGAUACCAUUCAGAAACUCAAGGCUGGCCUUGCACCAAAGCGUUAACCGCUAGCUUGUCCUUAAUAUAAUGCUAUAUAUAUCAUACAAAUAAUAUAAUUAUUCUCCGUUUAUUUUUAUAUUUUCAAUUGUUACAGCAAAG